AUGGCACGAUAUCAGUUUAGUUAUGGAGAUGAUGAUGAUAGUAGUAGUGAAAUUGAGCACACCUGCACCUGCACCUGUACCCCCACCCUCCGCCUCCUCCUCCUCCAAACCACCCUCCUCACCGAAUCGAACAGCGACCAAACCGCACGACUCCUCGCCCUCCACACCCUCUACCGCGAAAGCAGAGACGAGCGAAAAGCCAACACCGCAUCCCUCCAAAAACUAACCCACGCACUAGAAAAAAUAACAGAUUCGAUAACCUGGUAUCAAGAACUCAUCGACACGCAAGAGCGAGAGAUCUCCGAAGCGGAGACGAACAGACAAGAAGUCGAGACGGCGAGAAAGGAAGCCGAGAAGAAAAGCCAGGAAAUGGAAGAGAAGAUGAGGAAUCUGGAGCGGGAAAUGGAGCAGUGGCGAAUUCUGUGGGAGGAGAGUGAGAGGGGUGCUGGAGGAUUGUGA